CGCGUCAGACGUUGGCGAACAGGCUCGGAGGAGAGAGCAAGAUGGAGCCGACGCCGCUCGACAAUCUCAUCCGGACAUUUUCAAAACUGACUGCGAAUCCAUCCGUCGAUCGAGCUCAGGUCAGAGGAGUAGCCGAAAAGAUCGAAGAAAGGGCCAAUCGGCAGGGUCUGACAGACGGACAGGCGCGUAGCAUCCUCGGCCUGUGCUUGCGCGGCACCCACGGUCGGAAACCGUUGCGUUCUUCGCUGGCCUCGAAGCUCAUUCAGGCAGUGAAGCCCGCCCGUGACACAACGUUUGGGCCGGACACUGUCUUAAGUGUCGUCGGCGCUCUGCGGGGGGCGGAUAAAGGCGGGGCUGGUUUCAGUGCCGCUACUAGGAGAGACGACGGGUCCGACGAAGAGAGCAACUCAGACAUCGACAGGAAAGACGAGAGCGUUGGGUCCAAGCGUGGCAGAGUGCGCGUCGAUGUCAGUGUUCAAGCGCAAGCCUUGAAGCUCCUCGUGCUUCUCCUGGCGCCAGUCCCGCUCAAUAGUGUUCGUCUAGAACUUCACGAGGACCAAGGCCAGACCGACAACGGAGGCAGCUCAACCGAGCAGGCCCAGCUCCCUUCCAGCUUUUUGAGCGCGGCGGCUCGUCACGCUUUACUUCGAAGCUACGGUGUCCUGUUCCAUUUCCUUGAGUACGAGGAGCUGCGACCCUACCUCUGUCACCUUCUCUGUCACCUAACUCGACGCAAGCAUGUCAAAUCAUACCGUAUCAACAAACUCUUGACCCUGAGGAACGACACCAGCUCCGAGUCGCACGUAUCAGCACUUCUUUCCAUCUACGCAAACUUCUACCCAGACUUUCUCGCAUCGGACCGGUCACAAGCCUCGAUGUCGGCGCGCCUUGUGGGGAUGGGACUCGUGGGAGCAGGGGCGACGGGGCUACGAUACCCAAGCCCUCACUGGUUGGUACAGGUCAAUGAUAUCUGGGUCCGUCCACAAAGACAUCCAGAUGACGAUGAGUCGUCACAAGUGACGAGCGAUCGACCCCCGAAGAAAGCUCGUCGAGGCAGAAGAGCCGCACCUGCGCCCAGCAACGCCCUUGCCAGCUCCCACGUACCUCCGCCAGCAAUGCUUGGAGCGCCAGAGGGCUCAUGCCUUGUGACCGAGGUGGCUUCGCCUCGCAGCCUUGGUCUUGCUCUUGACCGCAUCGAGCUGCCGGCUCAGCUGGCAGCGGCCUUGGGCCAUCAUAUUACCACCCUCGCCGUCCUCUGCCAGGGUGACACAUUGGCCUACCACGUCGAGCGCAUCCUUGACUGGACCAAGAGCGUUCUGUCCGAGGAGCUCAACCUAUCGUCGCUCGCCCGUAGUCACCAGCGUAUUCAUUGCAUCCAGAGGCCGCCGAGCUCUCACCGCAAGGUCGCUGCCAUUUUGCACGCGCUCCACGACCUCUUCGACAACAUUGGAUCGACGACCUCUGACUUUGCCCGAUGGCUUGCAAGGAACGUCCUGCAGAAAGACCAAGUCUGGCAAGGCCUCGACCAGGAAGAGAAGAGGCAGGUCUGUGGGUUGUUGGAGCUCAUGCCCCCCAAAGAAUGGCAAGCGCUUCACAUCGACUUCUUCGUUCCUCUAGCCAAGCAUGCACGCAGGGCGAGUGCCUCAACCUCAUCUCUGGGAGGUCGAGAAGCAUGCCUGAUCAUCGAGACACUCUCCAAUCUCUUGUCACGAUGGGCUCGUAAAGACUGGGCGUCGACAAUCGCCAUCUUGGAGCGCGGUAUGAUGGCCCACUAUGGCAUGGACGAGCUCUCCAACCAGGUUGACUACAUCGCCACAGUGAGCGAGGCCGUUGCCUUUGCUCACGACCUGGCUUCAUCUGCAGUGGCUUCGCAUCCUUCUCGGGUGUUGGUGCAACACGCGGCACUAACACUGUACGAGUCGACUUCGGCAGAGUCAUUGGCUUGCCUCCAUCGCAACACUGUACCCUCGCCAAAGGUUCUCCUGCUUCUCUCGCUCUCUCCGUACACAGGAAUCUUUGCCCUUUCUGGUGUGUGCGCAAUUGUUCAGCAGCUUCGAAAGCAGUUUCAGCACGAUGGAGAGGAGGAUGAAGACGAGGCGCGGCCCGAACGAGUCAAAGAGGCGAGACUGCAAUAUUUCGAUGAGCAUCACAAAUUCGCACUCAAUUCCAUCGUUGUCUUGUUGGCCGACCUGGUCUGGCGUCAGAAGGCCUUCCUCAACCUCGAGGAUGAGACUGGAAACGAGGCCGAUAUUGGCAUGCCAAUAGAUGUCCUCAGACGCUUCAGGGACCGUUGCGAGAGCAGAGGCGAGAGCCUAGGACAUAUGGCUGCGCUCACCCGCGGUGCCACUCUUGCCGCCCUGGCCGAGGUCUUUGCCAAUGAGACGGCCAAGCACAACGGUGCAAGGCAGCCGAUUGUGCAGGGAGCCACAACCUCGUUCGUCCUCGCCGAUGCUCGCAGGCGGGGCUUUCCGCCGACGAUCUUGUAUGCGGAAUUUCGGACCUCGUUUCUGCGAUGGCUAGGCACAAAAAAGGGCGCCAGGGGCAUCGAUGCGCUCUUGUCCGACACGAUGCGUUCGCUCCGACCUCAUGCAAGCCCCCGAGGCACAAGCCAGCAGGCAACUGACGCUGCCAUAUCAAUCUAG